GUGAUGACCCCUCGUUCCAUCCGUCCUCACUGAGCGGCAGCAAAGCACGCCGUGCCAUUCCCAUCACUAAGCGCUUGCGCGCGGCGGAGAAACCCAAGCGAAGCCCCGCAAGAGCGAGGCGAGGGAGAGUGGGGCGAGUGGGUGAGCCGCUGGCUAGCGGGAUGGCGUCGCCGGGGGUGGUGGCCGCGGCGCUGCUGGUGGCGGUCCUGGCGGCAUUCUGUGGCACGGAUCCGCUGCGGAUGGGCAGCAUGGCGGGCUUCCCGGGGUUCGAGGCGCACUUCGUCGACCUCCCCGAUCCCGCCGAGAUGCCGCCGCACGCGGACGAGCGGGAGCGGCUCCGCGGGGCCGAGGUGCGGUUCCGCGGCGAUGUGCAGGGUCCCGAGAGUGUCGCCUUCGACCCUCAGGGUCGCGGCCCGUACACGGGCGUCGCCGACGGCCGGGUCGUCUUCUGGGACGGCGAGCGGUGGGUCCCCUUCGCGACUGCCUCCCCGCGCUGGACGCAGGAGCUCUGCGGCGGGCCUAAAGCCUCGCCGGUGGAGUACCUCCCCAACGAGCACAUCUGCGGCCGCCCGCUCGGGCUCCGCUUCGAUAAGAAGACCGGGGACCUGUACAUCGCCGACGCCUACUUCGGAUUGCUUAAGGUCGGUCCCGAAGGCGGGCUGGCCACGCCGCUCGCAACGGAGGCCGAGGGCGUGCGCCUCAACUUCACCAACGACCUCGAUCUCGACGACGAGGGCAAUGUGUACUUCACGGACUCCAGCAUCCACUACCAGAGACGGAAUUUCAUGCAGUUAGUUUUCUCGGGGGAUCCCUCUGGGAGACUUCUGAAAUAUAACCCACAGACAAAGGAAACGACAGUACUGCAUCGCAACCUCCAAUUUCCCAACGGUGUGUCCAUGAGCAAGGAUGGCUCAUUCUUUGUUUUCUGCGAAGGAUCGCGUGGCAGGUUGAGCAGAUACUGGUUGAAAGGCGAGAAGGCAGGCACUGUGGAUCUUUUCGCUAUCUUGCCUGGCUUCCCAGACAAUGUGAGAACGAAUGAGAAGGGCGAGUUCUGGGUGGCAAUCCACUGCCGCCGAAGUCUGUACGCCCGGCUUAUGAGCCGCCAUGUCAAGCUGAGGAAGUUUUUGCUCAGCCUCCCGAUCCCCGCCAAGUACCACUACCUGAUGCAGAUCGGUGGCAGGCUCCACGCGGUCAUCAUCAAGUACAGCCCAGAGGGCCAGGUGCUUGACAUCUUGGAGGACACCAAGGGCGAGGUGGUGAGAGCCGUCAGCGAAGUGGAGGAGAAAGACGGGAAGCUCUGGAUAGGGUCUGUCCUGAUGCCGUUCAUCGCUGUCUUUGACCUCGCGAAGGCGUCUUAGCCGCCUCAAGUUUGAUUGGAAACAUUGUUGCUUUAAGACAUGGAGUCCAUGGUUACCGCUGCACGCUUCUCUGAGAGGAUCAGUGAUCCCAAUAAUUUGGUUCUGGUGCAACCUGGAGCUGUAUAUAAUGCUCCAGCUUCUUUUAGUAGCAAAUGUAAGUUGCUGACAUGUUCUUUAGAUUGUCACUAGAACUAGAACUAUGAACGAACAGCUCGUGCUUCCGAGUCCAGAUUUACCAGAUGUGCUUCUUG